AUGUUUUUGUGUGCGAUAACAUUUACUGCAAUUGUUAGUCUAAUACACUUUUCACAAGCUAUUCCCGAUGGACUUUUAGCUCCAGAAGAUCGCUUUGGUUUUAUGGUGGCUAUAUACGAUGAAGGGAAAUACAUAUGUGGCGGUACAAUUGUAUCCGUAUACUUUAUAGUAACAGCAGCACAUUGUUUCAAACGAGGACGUGUUACCCAGGGUGUUCAAGUUGUAUUUAAUACAAACGAUUUAAACAAUAUCGAAGGUGAUAAUGUACGGCGAGUAGUGGAUAUUAUUACACAUCCUCGCCAUUCAAAGAUGACUAUGGAUUUCGAUAUAGCAUUAGUCAAGGUAGAUGAUGAUCUGCUUAAGCCAGAAUAUCCACAUGUAAUGAAAUUGGAGUUGGCACAAACUUAUGAUAUAUACUAUGGCAAUGAUGCCAUAGCUGUUGGUUGGGGCCAACAAGUUGAGCCAAAUGAUGUGCGACCGGUUCAUCUAACCUAUAAAGCUAUUAAGAUAUGGCAACGUGAUGACUGCAAUUCGCGACAUAUAUGGGGACCUGAUGCGUAUUAUCUUAAUCAACCGUUGGUAAGCGAACGCAUGUUGUGUGUUGAUGUACCAAAUGUUGGACCCGGCACUUGUGUAAGUGAUGAUGGUUCGGCUUUGAUAACAAAUGAAACGGAAUUUUUGGGUAUAUUAUCAUGGCGUUAUGAUUGUCAAGAGCCUGGUAAACCAUCGGUGUAUACUAGUAUUCCCCUGAUGAAAGCUUGGAUUUUGAAAACUAUGACAAAUUAUCAUGAAUAA